CAAUGGCGAGUUGCUGGACCAUAUCAGUGUUUGUGGGGAGGAAGCUGUCCAGUCCCAGCUGCGCUCCAGCCUUAGGAAUUGCGACACCUUCAGGCAGAUAUCAAGGGCCAUGAUGGAAAGGGGCCAUGACCGGGACGCACUGCAGUGCAGGAUUAAAGUGAAGGAGCUGUGGAGUGCCUACUGCAAAGCCUGCGAGGCAAACAACCGCUCCGGUGCUGCCCCCGCGACCUGCGGUUUCUACAAAGAGCUGGACGCGAUACUUGGGGGCGACCCCACCUCCACUCCGAGUACCAACGUGGAAACUUUAGAGCCCAGUUCAACAAGGCAGGAGGAGGAGCAAAGCGGGAGGCAGUGUGCUGAGGUGGAGGAAGGCACCCCAGAAUCCCUAGACGCAUGCAGCCAGGAGCUGUUCUCAAGCCAGGAGGAAAGUAGCCAGUUGCGGCGACUGGUGCUUGGGGAAGGACAAACACGAGAGGAGGUUCCCGAUGCAACCUUGAGAUCUCAGCCGUCCAUGUUAUCACCGUCCGAAAGACUCCAAAGAAUCAGAAAGGGGCCACAUAGAAGCAAGGAAGACAUGUUGCAUGAAGUAAUGCAGCAUUCAAGUAAUGAAAAUCAAGAAGUGCAGGAGUGGCGGGAGAGUGAAAGGAGGAGCCGCUGCCAGAACGAGAAGUGCUGGCACAAAAGCACGGUGCUCCGGCAGAAAAGCACAGAUCGGCUAAUCAGCAUAAUGGAGCGCCAAGCAGUCUCUAUCCAGGUGCUCGUAGCCAUGCAGGCAGAGCACUACCGCGCCCGCCCACCCUUGCAGCCCUUGUCCCAGAACUCUCUCCCAUUUCAACUCCAAGCCACUUUCCCCAACAUCCAGGUUUUUAUUGCCACCAGCUGCCUCCAACACCUGUAGCUUCACCCCCCAGCCCUGCAAACUACGACCCUUACCCUCUGCACUCAAUCCCCAUCCCCAUGCAGUAUAGUCAUCCUGAAGUGCAGCACUCAUUGCACAGCACUCCAGACAGGACAUACGCAAAUCUGUGAGUGUACUGUUCCCCACC